ACACGCCAGUCGCACAACAACCUCACGAUUCUUGACGAGUUGAGAUUAAUCAACCCGUAACUGCUGACCCCAGUCGAUCUUUAAUGAGCACAUUGGGAUAUUGAGAACUGGAUCCCGAUCCACUGUGCACCUUCGCUCCCCACCUCGUGCGCGACGCGCCGCCAAAACCACACCACUCUAUUCGCUAUGGAGGAUUCGACCAUGGACGAUUCGGUGUUCGAUGACUAUGGCGAUUCUGAUGCCUUCUCUCCCGUCGCUGCACCCAAACCCAAGGCAAAGCCUGCGGUAAAGAAAGCUGUGGCCCCAAAAGCCCCCAAGGCUACCACCAAGAAGAUGAUUCAAACGACCCUGAAGGCUGCUAAGCCAGCAACCAAGAAGCGGGCCAAGCCCGAGAGCGACGACGAAGACCCCCCAUCCGAGGAUGACCCAUUUGGUGACAACUCAGUUCUGUCGAAUACACCACCCAGUGCGAAGAAGCAAAAGAAAAUUCCUGAGAAAAAGAGUACCGCGGCCAAACCACUUCAGGAUGUUGAGAACGAAAGCAUGAAUCUAGAUGGUCCUUCGGAAAAGGGCCCUGCCAAGAAGAAGAGCGCGACGGACCAAUACCAAAAGCUUACGCAUCUUCAACACAUUAUCAAGCGUCCCGACACGUAUAUUGGAUCAGUUGAACAGACAACUGAGCAGAUGUGGGUCUUCAACUCUGAGACUUCACAGAUGGAGCAACGUAAGGUGACCUUCGUCCCGGGUCUAUACAAGAUCUUUGACGAGAUUCUGGUCAAUGCCGCCGAUAAUAAGCAGCAAGAUCCCAGCAUGAAAUACAUUAAGGUGGUCGUGGAUAGGGAGAAAGGCCAGAUCAGCGUGGAGAACGAUGGGGCCGGUAUCCCAGUGGAGAUUCAUGCUAAAGAGAACAUAUAUAUUCCUGAAAUGAUUUUCGGCCAUCUCCUCACGGGUUCAAAUUACGACGAUAACGAGCAGAAGACUACUGGUGGUCGAAAUGGUUACGGAGCGAAGCUUUGCAACAUUUUCAGCACUGAAUUCACAAUCGAGACCCAAGACUCCAAGCGGGGCAAGAGAUACAAACAAACAUGGACUGAUAAUAUGAGCAAGGUUGGCAAGGCCAAAGUCUCCUCAAGCAAGUCGGCCGAUUUUACCAGAGUGACCUUUACACCCGACUACCAGAAAUUCAAGAUGAAUGGAAUUGAUGACGAUUUUGAAGCCCUGGUAAAGCGUCGAGUCUACGAUAUGGCAGGAACUGUGAAAGGUGUUAGAGUCUAUCUCAAUGGCUCUGAAAUCAAGCUCGACUUCAAGAAGUACAUAACCAUGUAUGCGAGUGCCAUAAAGAAGGAACGCGGCGUCGAGGACAGUACUGAGCCUGCAUCUGCAUCGGUCAUAAUCGAAGAUCCGAAGGCCCAUUCCUGUUGGGAGGUCGGAUUUGCUGUUUCCGAUGGCUCCUUUCAGCAAGUCUCCUUUGUCAACUCGAUUGCAACCACGUCUGGCGGUACCCAUGUGAACUAUAUCGCUGACCAAAUCUGUGAUAAGCUCAUGGAAGUGGUCAAGAAGCAGAACAAGAAAGGAGCAGCAUUGAAGACCAAUCAAAUUCGCAACCAUAUCUUCCUGUUCGUCAACUGCUUAAUCACCAACCCAGCAUUCACUUCCCAGACCAAGGAACAACUCACUACCAAAGUAAAGCAGUUUGGUAGCACCUGUGUUCUUACGGAUCAGUUCUUGAAGAAAAUUAGCCAAACGGAUGCAGUAAAGAACAUCCUCGAUUUCGCUCAGGCCAAGGCUGAUCAGGUACUGGCUAAGAGCGAUGGAAACAGACGCUCUCGUAUGAGUAACCCUAAGCUGGUUGAUGCCAAUUUAGCUGGCACUAAGCGUGGUCAUGAGUGUACCUUGAUUCUGACUGAGGGAGACUCGGCCAAAGGUCUGGCUGUUGCGGGGCGAGCAAUCCUCGAUCCUGACCGUAUCGGCGUAUUCCCGCUCCGUGGCAAAUUGCUCAAUGUACGAGACGCGUCCAUCGAUCAGAUAUCAAAGAACGCCGAAAUCCAGAACAUCAAGCAGUUUCUGGGGUUGAAACACAAACAGGUCUACAAAGACGCGACUGGUCUUCGGUAUGGCCAUCUCAUGAUCAUGGCUGAUCAGGAUCAUGAUGGCAGUCACAUCAAGGGUCUACUCAUCAAUUUCCUUCAAGUGCAGUUUCCCAGCUUGCUUAAGCUACCUGACUUCUUCCGAGAAUUCAUCACACCUAUCGUCAAGGUCUGGAAGGGUCCAAACCCCAAGAAGCCUCUCAGUACCAAGUCGUUCUUCACUAUGCCUCAGUAUGAAGAAUGGAAGGAACGACAUGCAAACGACAAAGGUUGGAAGCACAAGUACUACAAGGGGUUGGGUACCAGUUCGCCCGAAGACGCAAUGAUCUAUUUUGGUAAUCUAGAUGAUCACUUAAGAGAAUUCGACGUCAUGAAGCCAGAGGAGGAGGAAUUGUUCGAUCUUGCAUUCUCGAAGAAGAAGGCUGAUGCUCGUAAACAUUGGCUGGGCAAUUUCACUCCUGGAACCUUUCUGGAUCAUUCAACAAAAACUCUGACGUACAAUGAUUUCGUCAACAAGGAGCUGAUUCUCUUCAGCAUGGCAGACAAUCUCCGUUCUAUCCCUUCAGUCAUCGAUGGUCUCAAGCCUGGUCAGCGUAAAGUUAUAUACGCCUGUUUCAAGCGGAAUCUCAUCAGAGACACCAAAGUUGUUGAAUUGGCCGGUUACAUCUCCGAAAACACAGCUUAUCACCAUGGUGAUGCCUCCAUGAAUCAGACUAUCAUUGGUCUUGCCCAGAAUUUCGUGGGUUCCAACAACGUAAACUGUCUUGAACCGAGUGGAAGCUUCGGUAGUAGACUAGCUGGAGGCAGCGAUGCUGCUAGCCCUCGUUACAUCUUCACCCGCCUGUCACCAUUUGCCCGACGUGUCUUCUCCGCCCUUGAUGAACCAAUCUACGAAUACAAUACUGACGAUGGCCGUCAAAUUGAGCCCGUCGUGUACGCCCCAGUAGUACCAAUGGUUCUUAUCAAUGGUGCAGAAGGUAUCGGAACCGGAUGGAGUACCUCAAUCCCCAACUACCAUCCGGUGGACGUUGUCAAUAAUCUGAAGCGUCGCAUGGGACGUUUGCCAGGGCAAGAGGGUGAGGAGCCGUUCCAGCCCAUGAUCCCAUGGUUCCGCGGCUGGAAAGGUACCCCUGAGGAAGCUGGUCCAGACCGCUACAAAUUCAACGGUAUCAUCCGCGAAGUUGGAGAUAAUGAAGUGGAAAUCACCGAACUGCCCAUCCGUACGUGGACCGAUGACUUCAAAGCGAAGCUUGAAGAAAUCAUCAAGGCUGAGAAGGUUCCUUCAUUCAUCAAGGACUACAAGGAAUUCAACGACCAUAAGAACGUGCACUUUGUGAUCCAGUUGGACGAGAAACACAUGAAGGCAGCAGUCUCUGAGGGCCUCGCUGAGAAAUUCAAACUAAACAAGACCAUCGCGACUUCGAACCUCGUUGCGUUUGAUCUUCAGGGUAGGAUUCGGAAAUAUGACAAGGUCGAAGAUAUUCUAGAGGAAUAUUACGGCUACCGCUUCAACAUGUAUACAAAACGAAAGGCGUACCAACUGAAGAAGAUCGACUCCGAGUAUCGCAAGCUGAAGAACCAAGCCAGAUUCGUCACCGAAAUCAUCGACAACAAGCUCGUCGUCUCCAAGAAAAAGAAGCCAGUUCUUGUCGCCGAGCUGCGCGCCCGUGACUACGAGCCCUUCCCAAAAGUUAGCGACGCCAAGAAGGCUGGCGAGACCGAGGAGGUUGCUGAGAACGAGGAUGAGGCUAGCGGUGACGACAAUUCUGGUGCGCGGGAUUAUGAUUAUCUGCUUGGAUUGCCCAUUUGGUCUCUUACGCAGGAACGUGUAGACAAGCUGAGGCAGCAAAUGAUCGACAAGAAGGAAGAGCACGAUACGCUCUUGAAGCUCAGCGAAAAGGACCUGUGGUGCCAGGACCUCGAUGCAUUCAUCGAGGAAUGGGAGAAUCAAUUGAAGGAGGAUGCAGAGUAUGAAAAAGAUAUCCGCACCAAGGGCCGCCGCGCGUCGAGAAAGAUUGGAGCCGGCCGCACUACCAAGAGUCGUGUCAAGAAGGAAGAUGAGGACUUUAACCCUAGCAAGUCGAAGGCUGCCUCGAAGGCCUCGCAAGCUAAAGCCAUCACCAAGGUCGAACAGAAGCCCCACAAAGGAUUUCUCGAAAUGUUCCAGGCCAAGCCCAAGCCAAAGCCUCUUCCUUCACCAGACGGAGCCGACGAAGCUGAGCUUUCUGGAAUGUCUGAUGAUGACUUUGCUGCAUUGGCGGCCACGAAGCCGUCCAAGGAGACCUCUCGAGCGCCAAGCGAGCAGCCCGGUCCAUCGAAUGGUAGAAGCAAACGCGCUGCAGCCGCUGCACCCAAGAAGUGGAUCGAAGAAUAUGACGAAGAAUCCGAGAGCGAUGAUGGCAAGUUCCUCGGAGAUGUAGGCGAUAUGGUCAAGGGAAUUAGCAGUGGGGAUGCCACCGAUACAACUGGAGCAAAUGGAAGAGUCUCUCUGUUUGCCAUGUCACGUGCAAGCACCAGCCACGGCGACAGACCAAGCAGCAGCUCAGGCCCAUCCAAACCCACCGUUAAGCCGAAGGCCAGCAAGGCAUUCGACCUGUCUGAUGAGGAUGAGACCAACUACGAGAUGCUGGCUAAGUCCUCCCCACACAAAGCCGCCCCGGCACCAAAAGACAACAUCGACAGCUUCUUGUCGGAUGAUGAUGACGAUCUACUGGCGCCCGUCGCAAAGAAGGCCGCCGCCAAGCCCUCAGCCGUGAAGGCUCCGGUCAAGCGUGGGCCGAAGCCCAAGCAGCCCGCCGCCGCUGCGAAGAAGGCCGCCCCUGCUCCACCGAAGCCUGCUGCCUUGUCGCCUGCUGCCAAAGCAUAUGCAGCCAAGCAGACCAAGAAGAAGGCAGCGAAGGAUUCAUUCAGUGACGACGAGGAUGACGAGAUGGAUAUCGAUGAUUCUCCGCCGCCCAAGCCGGCUGCACGCGGUCGACCGGCGCGCGCAGCUGCCACCAAGGCGCAGGAGAAGAAGAAGCCCGUCUAUAUCGACUCGGAUGAUGAUGACGAAAUGGAUGCGGAUGAUAACGAUAUCUCAGCUGUCGUCGAGGACGAGCAGAGUGAGGAUGACUAUGAUGAGAGUUUUUAAGGAAAAGCGUGUUAUUCUUCUACGGUUUCUUGGCAUGGUUAGGGCUGGGGGGUUCUCUGGGGGUUUUUACGGGAUAUUGUUUAUUCAGUUUUUUCCUCUCUGGUGGUUAUUGGGAGCAAGCAGUCAAGGUGUACAUAUUAUUCGGGAGCGCCGCGCAGCUUUGAUGUUUAGAGAUAUGUCCUUUUUCUCAAGACUAAGCCGUCACGUGUACGUAUAUCCGCUUCGAGAUGGUGAGUUCAUGCAUGUAAUGGUGUCGACGC